CUCGCACUAAACAGGUGAGAAACAAACAAAGGCGGCAUUUAAGAGCAGUCCUAUAUAAGACCGGGAGGACAGAACCAAGGAAAAGGAGCAGGGGAGCAGGGGUCAGACAUCUGGACACCAACAACUGAGCAGCUUUUAAAAUAAGAGGAUGCAGUUGGUCGUCAUGGCGACGGCGCUGGCGCUGGCGGGCGCGAUGCAGACCUGCAGUUUGGACUGCAACCCGCGGAACGUCAGCAUCGCCGUGGAGAGCUGCGGAAAAACCAAGUUUGUCCUCACCACCAUAUGUGAAGGACAGUGCUACCACAAGGAUUCAGUCUACGUGGUCCCUGUGGACGUGUCCCAACAGAACGUCUGCAACGGAGAUUGGUCCUACGAAGUGAAACACUUCGAAGGUUGCCCAGUGGCUGUCACUUACCCUGUGGCCAAAAACUGCGCGUGCACCACUUGUAACCAUGACGACACGGAAUGCGGACAUGUUUUGUUGGGCCACACCCAGCUUCUUAUGUCUCCUUGAUUUGAGCAUCGGUGGUCCAAUAAUGGAACGGCAUUAUCACUCCUGAACUGCAAUAAAAUGUAAAAAAAA